AUGCCGAACGCCGGGCGUGUCCUGGCCAAGGGCCUCGGCAUCGAUGUCGACGCCCGGUACCGCAACGAGCCGAGAGAGGCCGUCCAGUCCGCCGCCGCCUCUUUCAACGACGUCGAACAAUAUGAGGAGAGAGAGCCGACCGUCGCUGAGUUCAUUGAGGCUCACCGGCCCACGAUCCCGGGGACGCUCGCCUACAUCAAGUCCCUCUUCCCCUUCUGGCAGUGGAUCUUCCACUACAACGCCACAUGGCUGCUUGGAGAUAUCAUCGCUGGUGUCACGGUCGGUUUCGUGGUCAUCCCGCAGGGCAUGGCUUACGCCAUCCUCGCCCAAUUGAGCCCCGAGUACGGUCUCUACACCUCAUUCGUCGGCUUCCUGCUCUACUGGGCCUUCGCGACCUCCAAGGACAUCACCAUCGGCACCGUCGCCGUCAUGUCCCAGCUCGUGGGCAACAUCGUCCUCCGCGUGCAAGACACCCACCCGCAGUACGAAGCGCCGCAGAUCGCGCAGGCGCUCGCCAUCAUCUCGGGCGCGGUGCUCCUCGGCAUCGGCCUCGUCCGCCUCGGCUGGAUCGUCGAGUUCAUCCCGCUGGUCGCCAUCACCUCCUUCAUGACGGGCGCCGCCAUCUCCAUCGCCGCCGGCCAGGUGCCCGCGCUCCUCGGCAUCAGCGGCGUCAACACCCGCGGCGCGACGUACAUGGUCAUCAUCGACACGCUCAAGGCGCUGCCGCGCGCGAAGCUCGACGCGGCCAUGGGCCUGACGGCGCUGUUCCUGCUGUACGCGAUCCGCUUCGUGUGCAACACCAUGUCGGACCGCCAGCCGCACCGCAAGAAGUUCUGGUUCUUCAUGUCGACGCUGCGUAUGGCGUUUGUGAUAUUGCUGUACGUGCUCAUCAGCUGGCUCGUCAACCGCAACGUCAACUGGGACGCCAAGAAGGCCAAGUUCAAGAUUCUUGGCAAGGUGCCUAGCGGCUUCCAGCACGCCGGGGCCCCGAAGAUCGACACGGAGCUUCUCUCGGCCGUGGCGCCCGACCUGCCGGUGACCAUUAUCGUGCUUAUCAUUGAGCACAUUGCCAUUUCCAAGUCCUUUGGACGAAUCAACAACUAUGUCAUCAACCCGUCGCAAGAAUUGGUGGCCGUGGGCUUCACGAACCUAUUCGGACCCUUUUUGGGCGCGUACCCUGCCACGGGAUCCUUCUCCCGAACGGCCAUCAAGUCGAAGGCCGGUGUCCGCACGCCUCUAGCCGGUAUCUUUACCGCCGUUAUUGUCCUUCUAGCGCUGUAUGCUCUCACCUCGGUGUUCUUCUACAUCCCCAUGGCCAGUCUCGCAGGUCUCAUUAUUCACGCCGUCGGCGAUCUCAUCACGCCGCCCAAGGUGGUCUACCAGUUCUGGGAGGUCUCGCCCCUUGAAGUCUUCAUCUUCUUCGGCGGUGUCAUCCUCACCAUCUUCACCGAUAUCGAAAAGGGAAUCUACCUCACCAUGUGCGCUUCCGCGGCGCUGUUGCUGGUCCGCCUGGCCAAGGCCAAGGGCCGCUUCCUCGGCCGCGUCAGGGUCUACCGCGCGAGCAAGGACACUGCAGGCAAGGGUGUGCCCUUCAACGAUCGCGGCGAGGCCAUCGACCUGCCUUCCCGCGAGGCCUACGUCCCUCUCUUGAAGGACGACGCGUCAAACCCCAUCGUCGACGUGGAGACUCCCUUCCCCGGCGUCUUUGUGUACCGCUUCGGCGAGGGCUUCAACUACACCAACGCGGCCCACUACAUGGAUGGCCUCACCGAGUUCAUCAUGAAGCACUCUCGCCGUACGAUCCUCGACCGCUACGAGAAGCUCGGCGACCGUCCCUGGAACGACCCCGGCCCCCGCCGCGGAGCCAAGAUCGACAUGGAAGACACCCGCCCCAUCCUCCGCGCCAUCGUCCUCGACUGCUCCGCCGUCAACAACAUGGACGUCACCUCGGUGCAGAGCCUCGUCGACGUGCGCAACCAGCUGGACCACUACGCGGAGCCCGAGGUCGUCGAGUGGCACUUUGCCAACGUCAACAACCGCUGGACGCGUCGCGCUCUCGCGGCGGCCGGCUUCGGCUACCCGUCCGUCAAGGACGAGACGCUCAACCGAUGGAAGCCCAUCUUCAGCUUCGCGCCGGUGGACUCGGCUUCCAACCAGGCGCCGCGCGUCACGUCGCAGCGCAGCCGCGACGAGGAGGACACGAUCUCGCCGAGCAGCAAGAAUGUCAAUGACGGCGUCGCGCCGGUGGCUGGGCGCGGGGACGGCAAGCUGGCGGCGCUGCAGGGCAUGAACAGGCCGUUCUUCCACAUUGAUGUGGCUGCGGCGGUGGAGAGCGCUAUCUCGAACGCGGAGCAGAAGAGCGAGGUGUCGCCGGCGAACUCUGUGCUGAAGAGCGGUUAG